CAUCGACAGUGUCGCAAUGCUCUCCUGAUCAUUCGGGGUGUGAGAGAGAAGGGGGAAUGAUUUCGUCGUCUUCCCCAAUCCCAUGCCUUUGGUGCGCUUGCCUCUUGGCCCUCUCCUUUGAUCAUGAGCAGCCCAAUUCCAUAUGAAUACGAAGAAGACGACGACGCCUCGGAUUUCAAGCUCGAGAUUCAACAAUCGCAGACCAGCGCCCCCUUACCGGCCCCUCCAUCAUACGGUCCCACUUCGUCCUCAACGAACAAUCCACCCGCACAAACCUCGGUGACGCGCCGAUCGACGAGGGGCACACGAGCCCAGGCGCUAGAGGAUCUUCAAUCAUCGCUACCGAGGUCAUCCGUGGAAGCAUAUUCCGACGUGCUUGUGAGGACCGUCGAAGAUCAUGCGCCUGUUCCUGCGACCAUUGGUGGGGAGAACUACAGAGUCACGCAAAACGGGAUCGUGACAUGGACUCCGAAGGAGAAGGAAGUGCUAUAUUCUGUAUUGGAUAGAAAAGGCAAAGAUGGGAUCAAGGAAAUCUCACGCCAUCUCGGCUCAAAAUCUGAGCUCGAAGUUCAGGAGCACUUGAAACUGCUCCAUACGGGCCUGGAAAAGCAGCACCUAAAGGAUCGCCAUACAAGAACGGUCAUCUUGGGUGAUGUCCCCGCGGCAGCCGAGAUCAGCGGUGAAUGUUGCGAUGCGCUCGAUCAGUACGCUGAGCUGGUUGCAUUGGAGGAGCAGCUGGCAGAGGAUGUCGCCGGGAAACAAAAGCACCAUGACUUAUGGAUCAUUGAUCGCAAAGCGGCUGAAGAGCUUGGGCAGGAGAUCAAAACCCAGGGUGCGGAUCCUGGUGCCAACUCAAGCGCACAUCUAACAGCUGAUCUUCUGAACAUGAAGAAAUGGAUUCGGCUGUCGGAACGCUUCUUCAUGAAUUUCGGGGGUGCAAGGCUGGAAGACAAUUGGGUCAAUGUAGCCUUUGCGGGUGAGACCCCAUCUAUGACUGCGGAUGCCUUUGCAGACUUUUACGCCCUGACCGUCAGUUUGACACGCCGCCUGGUGCAGUCGACUCUCUUCUUCGCCAUGUCCAGACGGCGGAAUAUGCGACAGACUGGCAAUGAAAAGGCGAACGUGGUGAGGUCUCGCGAUGUUCAGACCGCUGUGAACGUGCUCAACAUGCAACGGGACAGCUCCGACUUCUGGGUCGGGCUGGCGCGAAGAUGCAGCCUACGGGUUGAAGAUUCUCGCCACCGAAAGGGGUGGAAGGCAGUGCAUAUGGAGCAUAGUGACGUCGAAGAUAUCUUAUCCGCGCAGGUGCCUUUUGAGUUCGAGUCUGGUGAAAGAAGCAUCUCACAAGGGAGAUCAGCAAGCCGUGUAGGUCGUGCCACAGAUUCCGAAGAUGCAGACGCCAGUGACGCCGAGUCCGAGCCGCCCUCACCGGCCGAGUCCUUGCCCUCUUCUCCUUUGUCAUCUCCGGGUGAAGAGAAACCAACGGAUCCCGAAGAUGACCAUGCGGAACACGUGGACGAACAGAUGAGUCGCCUUGAGGAAGUGGAUUUAUGGAAGCUCAUUGGACAGCCACCGCAAUCUCUUGAAGCGCAAAUCGAGGAAGAUCAAGCGCGUGGUACUCACCGGCGGAAACCAGUCGGGGAGCGCAAGACGACAGCAGACUUGGUUGAUUGGCGCGACAGGACAUUUUAUCGCAACGAGUGGGAGGAAUAUGGACAUGACAUAGUAGACCUUCACGAUGAGCUUUCGGAGAACCGACGAAAGCGGCGCCGUGUCGACCAACAGACAGAUGAACAGCCGUCAUCAGCGCCGAUUCUUAAGCAUCUGUCUCCAAGGCCGACAGCCGGUCUCGUGCAAGAAGAGGGCGAUGAGGGCUCUGAUUACGAAAACAACGAGGAUGGCGGUGAGGAAGAUGAUGAGGGAGACGACGAUGAAAGAAAUGGCGUGGAGGAAAACUAUGAGGACUACGAAGAAAUGGCAGUUGAUGAGCCAACACCAGCGAAAUCUGACAUCGAAGAGAGUGAAAACAACGAUGCAACAGGCGGAGACGAAGGAGAGGACGACGGCGAUGACGAUGACGAUGACGAUAGCGAUGAGGAGGGGGGAGAGGAGGAACACUACCAGGAGAUGGCGCUGGACGAGCCAUCACCAGCAAAGUAUGAAGCCGAAGAAACUCCAGAAAAGGAGGCGACGCCAGAGGAAAGUCCGGUGUCUGAGCUUGCGUCUCGUCUAAUCUACGAGCUCGAGAAGGGCCAUUCAGACCCAAAGCAUACACCACGCAUAAGAACCCAAGACACGGGCUCAAGUGCAUUCUCAACUCCUUCCAAACCCAACGAAACGGUUAGACCCAUGAGACGAAGUGCUCGCCUUCAAAAAGCGGCCCAAACGGCGCCAGAGGACGAUAUAUCUUUCAGCUCGGAUGACAAUUUACCCAGUCCACACGAACGAACAGUCUCAGAGGAGGAGGAAGAUGACGAUGAAGGGGGAAUGCCCUUGUAUUCCCACCCAAUGAGCCCAGCUGAUUCAUCAGACUGAAUACGGCACGGCCCCUCGGGUGCAGAAUGAGGAUAUAUUGGUUCCAUCUACCGCAUAUAGAUUCUUGUAUAUAUUGUCUCUCGGGAUACCUGCUUGGAACUUUUGUUAGAUACCUGUUCGCAUGGCAUAGACCAUCUACAAUCACA